AAAGAAAGCGAAAGGAAAGAGAACUCGUCAAAGAAGCGGCAGCAAACAGAGAAAGAGAGAGAGAGAGAGAGAGAGAUAUUCACAAAAAGAUCUGUGACCAGGCAAGCCGGAAAUUAAAUCUGCAACGUUGCUGCCCCCAAAAGACCGACCUGGAGCCCCGACAAGACCUCAAAGACCAGACCCCGAAAAGGAAGAGAAAGCCGCAGCAGCAGCAGCAGCAGCCGCAACCGCAGCAAAAUCCGAGUCGAGCAAACGGAACACGCGUGCCAAAUAUUUGCUCAAAAAUAUAGUAGAAUAAAAUAAUAAUCAAAGCAGUUGGAGGAGAGGCAGACCAACAGCAUACCAGGAAAUUGAGAGAUUCAUUCGGGAGUAAAGUGAGAAAAUAGCGGGACACGUUUCAUGAGCGCUGAAGCACGUUCAGAGGGAAGCAGGGAAGGGCCACGGACCGCCUUCACCGGCGGCCAUUGUUGACACUCUUUCUCUGUGAACUCUGACCCUCCGCUAGCGCGUCUCCGGUCCAAUCGGGAGCUUUUUGUCUCCAGCUGCCGCCGCUUUUGUGCUAAUCAUCGCGGACACUGCAAACGACCACUGACGCCCUGCCUGAAAAGAGGUGACGAAGGGGAAGCCCUGGCCAACUAUUUAACCAAGGCGACGAGGCAAGGAUUGCAGCAGCAGGAGCAGCAGGCAGUCGGAGGUCAGGCAGCUAUUCAACCCAAGAGGCAAGCGAAGCAAGCAAACCAAGGACAUGGACUCCUCGCUGCCGUCGUCUCUGUCGCUGUUUGUCCUGUUGAUCUUUCUGGCGAUAAUUAAAGAAAGCUGUCAGGGACCACAUGAGAAGCGUCUGCUCAACCACCUGCUCUCCACCUACAACACGCUGGAGCGACCCGUCGCCAAUGAGUCGGAACCACUGGAGGUGAAGUUCGGACUGACGCUGCAGCAGAUCAUCGAUGUGGAUGAAAAGAAUCAGAUUCUGACCACAAAUGCGUGGUUAAAUUUGGAAUGGAAUGACUACAAUCUGCGCUGGAACGAGACGGAAUAUGGCGGUGUCAAGGACCUGCGUAUCACGCCCAACAAACUGUGGAAGCCCGACGUGCUCAUGUACAAUAGCGCGGAUGAGGGAUUCGAUGGCACGUAUCACACCAACAUUGUGGUCAAACAUAACGGCAGUUGUCUGUACGUGCCCCCUGGUAUCUUCAAGAGCACAUGCAAGAUAGACAUCACGUGGUUCCCAUUUGAUGACCAACAUUGCGAAAUGAAAUUCGGUAGUUGGACUUACGAUGGAAAUCAGUUGGAUUUGGUUUUGAAUUCCGAAGAUGGAGGGGAUCUUUCCGAUUUCAUAACAAAUGGCGAGUGGUACUUGCUUGCCAUGCCGGGAAAGAAGAAUACGAUAGUCUACGCCUGCUGCCCAGAACCAUAUGUCGAUAUCACCUUUACUAUACAAAUACGUCGCCGUACAUUAUAUUAUUUUUUCAAUUUAAUUGUGCCCUGUGUGCUUAUCUCAUCGAUGGCCCUCUUGGGCUUUACAUUGCCUCCGGAUUCGGGCGAGAAGCUGACGCUGGGCGUAACUAUACUACUAUCAUUAACAGUAUUUCUAAACCUUGUUGCCGAGUCCAUGCCGACAACGUCGGAUGCUGUUCCUCUUAUAGGAGUUACAAUUCUUCUAUCGCUCACAGUGUUUCUCAACCUUGUAGCUGAGACAUUGCCCCAAGUAUCUGAUGCAAUCCCCUUGUUAGGCACAUAUUUCAACUGCAUCAUGUUCAUGGUCGCAUCGUCGGUGGUGCUCACGGUUGUGGUGCUCAACUAUCACCAUCGCACAGCGGACAUCCACGAGAUGCCACCGUGGAUCAAAUCCGUUUUCCUACAAUGGCUGCCCUGGAUCUUGCGAAUGGGUCGACCCGGCCGCAAGAUCACACGCAAAACAAUACUAUUAAGCAAUCGCAUGAAGGAAUUGGAGCUGAAGGAGCGCUCCUCCAAGUCCCUACUCGCCAAUGUUCUCGACAUUGACGAUGACUUUCGGCAUACAAUAUCAGGAUCUCAAACCGCCAUCGGUUCGUCCGCUAGCUUUGGCCGACCCACAACGGUGGAGGAACAUCACACGGCCAUUGGCUGCAAUCACAAAGAUCUCCAUUUAAUUCUUAAAGAAUUGCAAUUUAUUACGUCGCGCAUGCGCAAAGCUGACGACGAAGCGGAAUUGAUAAGCGAUUGGAAGUUCGCUGCAAUGGUUGUGGAUAGAUUUUGUUUAAUUGUUUUCACGCUCUUUACGAUUAUUGCAACGGUAACCGUGCUGCUCUCAGCUCCGCACAUAAUCGUGCAAUAAGGACGCUCAAUUUAGACAAUUAAGCUACGGAUAUGGAUACGGAUACGCACACACACACACACACAAGCGCGGAAUAGAUACGCCGGAGUGCGGAGUCUGUGUGUGUGUGUUAGGACGGGGGGAGAUGCAUAAGUUAAGUUCUUUUUCAAAAACCAAACAAACAAACAAAAAACUAGCGAAGCUGCUUCGAAACCGAAUGCAAAAAGCAAAGA